CAGCUUUGCGCUGUCAACCAUCCCGUCGCAUCUGAUACAUUGAUCAAGCCGUCAAGAUGCCGAAAUUCUUCUGCGAUUACUGCGAUGUAUACCUCACCCACGACAGUAUGAGUGUGAGAAAGGCCCAUAACAGCGGUCGUAAUCAUCUACGAAAUGUCGUCGACUACUACCAACAAAUCGGACACGAGAAGGCGCAAUCAGUCAUCGAUAGUAUCACGUCAUCAUAUGCUGCCGAAGGACAAGCAAGCGCAAAUCCCAUGUUGCCUGGUGGAACGCACGCUGGUGUAGCAGCCAUGCCUUUCGGCUUCCCUCCUGGCAUGGCCCCACCUCCAUUCGGUGCUCCUGGUGCUCCUCCGAUGGGCGCAGGUCGUGGUAUGCCGCCAUUCCCAUUCCCUCCCAACGGAAUGCCGCCUUUCCCACCUAACGGCAUGCCAUUCCCUCCUCCGACACCUGGCGCGGCUGGAUCACCACCUCAAGGCAUGCCCUUCCCACCUCCUGGCGGUAUGCCCUUCCCCCCACCAGCUGGUAUGGGAUUCCCACCUAUGGGUGGCCCUAGCCCUGGGCCUGGCUCAGGCCUGCCUCCACCUGGCAUGCCCAUGUCGCACGACCCAAGACGCCAAUAGGGUGGCCAUCGGGAUCAGUUCGCACGCAAUCCGUACACACAGGAGCAAGCGCUACCCAUGCACUACCAAACACAGCAAAACCCGACCAUGCCCUACCCACCACAGCAAUAGGCAGCUAGCGGAGGAUUAAUUGAGCCGCCGGCACGAGGUAGCAAAAGGCAGCGGAGCCCUGAUGUGCAAGGGCAGAGGCAAGACACGGGAGAAGGAGGACAAGAAAAACGAAGACGUUGAUCAUGCUUGGGCUGGCGUUUGAACAUGGAUGAAAUUCUACAGGCGUAUUCGGAGUCGAGCGAGGCAAGAGGAAAGGAAUAUGCAUCAGCACAAGAUAUCACUCGAGGUUCUAUAGAAACCAACGCGCUCCAUUGAAGCAGC